UGAGUGACUCACUCGAGCAGCUACAAGGCGCCUUGCCAGAGAAGUUUCGCGCGUAUAUGUAAGAGAUUGGUGCACGACAGAGGCCAAACUGUACACACACCAGUAUACACAACACUACUCACGUACACACACGAACAGGCAGCCUGAUCGACACGAGAUCGCGCGCGCGCGUGCAAAAAUGAGGCCGUUGUUUACAAGCCGUUGAAACGUCAAAGUAGCAGCCAGCCUCUCUCUCUUUCUCUCUCUUUUUCUAUUAUCUCGCCGAGCCACGAUGGUUUAGCAUGCCAUUGGUGCAACAAAAGACAACAUGUCAUCCACGGUAACGAAAACCUGCUACAUUUACAGCGACGACAAAGCUUUGUCGACCGUUUAUUUGCCCGAUAAGCAGGAGGUCUUUAUCGGCAGAUGCGUCGACACGAAGAUCACCGAUCCUCAGUGCUCGCGCAAGCAAGUUCGACUAUAUGCCAGCUAUGAUGAUGACAAGGUAUUCGUUGAACAAGUUGGUACGCGUCCAAGCAGUGUUAAUGGCUUCAAGACUGAGCAAGGAGUAAGACUUGCUGUGCAGCAUGGAGACUAUAUUGAAGUAUUAUACGGCAAAUAUCCUUACAAAAUAGAGUUUAAUCCACCGCCGUCGAUCAAUCCUAUUAAAGAUAAUAAGAAAAGACUGCUGAUACAAGAUACACAAGAUGAGGACAGUGACAACGAUACCCAGAGCUCAAAGAAAGCAAAAGUAAUCGGUGCUACUCGAGUCAGUCCAAGAAAAGUGAAACAAAAUACUAUGGAAAAUUACAACUUGGCUGGUACAAGUAAAAGUGAUGACGAUGACAGUGCUAGCUUAAGUAGCGUGUCACAGGGUGGCUCAUGGCAAGAAUUGGACCAUAAGCAUCUUCUGGUUUAUACAAGUGUUGGAUGUGAAGGCCGCCCAAAGAUUGCAGCUUAUGAUAUGGACAAAACACUCAUAAAGACUAUAUCUGGCGCAUCAUUUCCUAAAGAUUGCAAUGAUUGGCAAUUGCUGUAUCCUGAAGUACCAGGAAAAAUUAAAAAAUUCUAUGAAGAUGGAUAUAAAAUUGUCAUUUUUUCAAAUCAAGGUGGUUUAAGCACUGGCAAGGUCAAGGUUGCAGAUUUCAAAAUCAAAAUAGAAAAAGUUGUAAAAAAAAUUGGUGUGCCAAUGCAGGUUCACUUGGCUGUUGGACAAAAUAAAUAUAGAAAACCUUGCACUGGAAUGUGGGAAUUUUUAGUAAAUAAGAAUAAUGAUGGAGUACCAGUAGAUAAAGAAAAUUCAUUUUAUGUUGGUGAUGCUGCUGGUCGACCAGCAGGAGGAAACAGAAAGAAAAAAGAUCAUUCCUUAGCUGAUAGGUUAAUGGCAGAAAACUUAAAUUUGACUUUUUACACUCCAGAAGAACAUUUUCUUGGUCAGAAAAAAGCACCUUAUAAUGCUCCAGCUUUUAAUCCAAAAGAAGCGAGUAAAAAUACUGUUCUCUUUGAGCCAUCUCAGGCCAAGCUUACCUCUGACCAGCAAGAGCUGGUUCUGAUGGCAGGAUGUCCAGGCUCUGGAAAAUCACAUUUUGCAAAAACACACUUGAGAAAUUACGAAUAUGUAAAUAGAGACACUUUGGGUAAUUGGCAAAAAUGUGUGGCUAAGACGGACGCUGCUCUGGAGCAGGGCAAAAGCGUAGUGGUUGACAAUACGAACCCCGACAAGGCCACGAGACUGAGAUACGUCGAGUUAGCAAAGAAACACAAUGUGCCUGUUCGCUGCUUCGUGAUGACCCUUGAUAAAGAGCAUGUCAAGCACAACAACAUGUAUCGAAUUUUGACGGACCCGACGCACGAAGCCAUCAGCGACAUGAUAAUCAAUAGUUUCCUCUUUGUGCGACCGCAGCUGGCCCGUAGCUGCGUGAGAUUUAUCAAGCUGUUUCUAUUGUUGUGUCUGCGCGUCUACAUACGUUUUGCCGGAUUUUUGCCGACCUCUUACAGGAAGAACUUCGUAGCUCCGAGCGAGGCCGAGGGUUUCAGCGAGAUCGUGCACAUCAACUUCGUGCCUCACUUCAAGUCCGAGGACGACAGGAAGCUCUACGAGAUGUACCUUUUGGGAUGAAAGAAGAGGCGCAAAAAGCAUUCCACGGAAGAUGUGAUAGUAUCGCUGCGCGAGAAUUGACAACGUCCAAUUAAAUGAAAAGGAAAGAAAUGAAAUACUCGAAUCAAGUCAAUAAACACGAAUUUUUUGUAUAAA